AGACUAAGAAUAGUUUAUAAACAUCGACAGAGACCCAACACAGAACUUGUUAGUAUAUUUGAGAUUCGAACCUGAGACCUAGAGAGAAAGACACUCGAGUCUCGAACAUUUACCACCAGACCAAUUAAAUAAAAAUUGUUAUUGUUAUAUUAUAUCACAUUAUCACAGUUAAUCCUUAAGCAGAUCUAUCUAUAUAUGUACCCUACACUAUAUAAUAAAUCCAAACUAUAUCAGUGUCUUUGUUGAAAGAAAGCAUCUCCAUGUUUUCAUUGCUUCAUCAGCUACAAAACAACAACUAGAACAGAAAGAACAAAUAAACUAAGGUGAUAGAUAGGUACUAGAGAAAGUUAUAGAGAUGAUUUCUCCAUCAAGUCCUCUAAACAACAACACGGAAUUUCAAGACAAAAAAAUGGAAAUCGAAAGAGAUACGAACCAGAACUUGGAAGAUAAGUUACCGGUGAUAGGCUCUGAAGUAAUCCAACCUGAUGAAGCAUGGACAGAACACAUCACAGUGAGAGGAUUGUUUGUGAGUAUGAUGAUUGGAAUAAUCUAUAGUAUAAUUGCAAUGAAGCUUAAUCUCACAACAGGAAUGGUUCCGAAUUUGAAUGUCUCGGCCGCUCUACUUGCUUUCGUGUUCAUAAGAAGUUGGACUAAAGUGCUCGAAAAAGCUGGUUUUGUUUCUAAGCCGUUCACUCGCCAGGAGAAUACUAUUAUUCAGACUUGUGCUGUUGCUUGCUAUAGCAUUGCUGUUAGUGGAGGAUUCGCUUCGUAUCUGUUGGGAUUAAACAGGAAGACAUAUGAGUUGUCUGGAGUAGGCAUUGAGGGUAACAACCCGAACGCAGUUAAGGAUCCUGCCUUUGGUUGGAUGUCUGGUUUCCUUUUUGUGGUUUGCUUUGUUGGACUCUUUGUCUUAAUUCCACUCAGAAAGGUUAUGAUAGUUGAUCUCCAAUUACCUUAUCCAAGUGGUUUGGCGACAGCAGUUCUCAUCAAUGGUUUUCAUACACAGAAUGAUAAAAUGGCCAAGAAGCAAGUGCAUGGAUUCAUGAAGUAUUUUUCUAUCAGUUUCUUAUGGGGGUUUUUCAAGUGGUUUUUCUCGGGUGUAGAGGGCUGUGGAUUCGAACAAUUUCCGACCUUUGGAUUGCAAGCUUGGAAGCAAACAUUCUAUUUCGACUUUAGUACGACUUUUGUGGGAGCAGGAAUGAUUUGCUCUCACCUUGUGAACUUGUCUCUGCUUCUUGGAGCUGUGAUGUCUUUUGGAGUCAUGUAUCCGCUCGUUGAUCGGCUUAAAGGAAAGUGGUUCCCAGAUAACUUAGAAGAAACUAACAUGAAGGGUUUAUAUGGUUAUAAGGUUUUUCUAUCGAUUGCUCUGAUCCUUGGUGAUGGCGUAUAUACUUUCACCAAGAUUCUAGUUUCAACUGUCAUUGGCGUAAAUGAAAGAAUGAAGAACAAGAAACUUAAAAAUGAAUCGGCUGCUGAUCAGCAGGAGAGUCCUGCUGGGGACCUUAGACAAGGUCAGACAUUCUUGAAGGAGGUCAUUCCAAUGUGGAUCGGGGUAGUUGGAUAUAGCGUUUUCACAACUAUUUCGACAAUUAUAAUCCCGCACAUGUUUCCUCAGCUGAAAUGGUACUACAUCAUUGUUGCUUACAUAUUUGCUCCAUCUCUUGCAUUCUGCAAUGCUUUUGGAGCAGGUCUUACUGAUAUAAACAUGGCUUAUAACUAUGGGAAAGUUGCGCUAUUUUUGCUGGCAACUGUGACAGGAAAAGAGAAUGGUGUAGUGGCGGGACUUGUGGGGUGCGGUCUCAUUAAAUCCGUGAUCUCGGUGUCUUGCAAUCUGAUGCAAGAUUUCAAAACUGCUCAUUGCACACGUACCUCUCCCAGGGCAAUGUUUGCAUGCCAAGUAGUUGGCACGGCCAUGGGGUGUGUAUGCUGUCCUCUGAGCUUCUUCCUGUUUUACAAGGCAUUCGACGUGGGAAACCCACAUGGAGAAUUCAAAGCCCCUUAUGCACUAAUUUACAGAAACAUGGCGGUUAUAGGUGUUCAAGGUUUCUCGGCACUGCCAAGACAUUGCUUGCAACUUUGUUUUGGGUUCUUUGCUUUUGCUAUAGGAACAAACAUGUUAAGAGAUUUUUCACCCAAAAAGAUAGGGAAAUGGAUGCCAUUACCAAUGGUCAUGGCUGUACCGUUUCUGGUUGGUGCAUACUUUGCAAUUGAUAUGUGCAUGGGUAGCUUGGUUGUGUUCGCGUUGCACAAGCUUAACACCAAGAAAGCAGAGUUGAUGGUUCCUGCAAUUGCAUCUGGACUUAUUUGCGGGGAAGGACUAUGGACUCUUCCUGCUGCUAUUCUUGCUCUAGCGAAAAUUAAUCCACCCAUCUGCAUGAAAUUUGUUUCUUCGUAAAUUUUGACCCAUCAUAUAAAGCAGUGAAGAACAUUAGCUAGCUUACCUUUUCUUUUCUUUUUUUGCCACCAUUUGUGUACUCUCAAGCACAUCAAACAAAUAUAAAAUGCUGUUCAAUACAGAAUAUUACCCCAUACUGUUGGCAUUAAAAUAGUUUGUAACUUCACAGAAAUAACAGGUUUCUUGAAUACAGUUCAUGCUGCAGGUACAUUCCUAACCCCAACAAAACUAAGAGAAAACACCUUCCUUGUAGAACAAUGGAUGAUUUUCAGCCUUACCAAUGUAUAACCGGUGAAAUAUUAUAUCAGAGAAUCAAAAAGC